GGCCAGCAAGGCCAAGAACGAUCAGAGCGUUCUCUGAGACGGCACGCGAAACCGGCAUGUUCAUGUCAUAGCGAAUCUCUGUGGAAUCGGUUGAAAUGGACAAGGUUUUUGCCUUGCAACGUUAUCAUGCUGGGCAGGUAAAAGCCAGCCAGAAUGGCAUCCCUUUUCGACAUCAGUGGAUUUAUUUUUGGCAUUCACAGACUUGCGGCGCUAGACGAAGCCUUCUCUGACGCGUAUCCUUUAUUUGAACGUAGCGUAAAGGAGGGGCUUCUCCAGACAGAGGCACAGGCGAUGGAGGAUAAUAGGGUUAGGUUACACUCAGGUCAUACGCUUGGGGGGAUUUGGCGACAGUGUCUGGCCAUGUUCAGUACACAUUCUAGGAAAAUAGGCAAAAUUGACCGAAGAGUAAAAGAGCUUCGCAUUGAGAUUCUUCCAGCAGUGAAAAACGUAAACGUCCACUCGAGGCCGGUGGACAGACAUACAAUCCUUGUAUGCUCCCCUGGGGAACAUCCGGCUCUAAUCCAUUGACUCCGAUCUGUCGGCGGCGAUCUGCAUGCAUAAAUCGUAAUUCGAGACAAUACGAGGGCGAGCAUCCUAUGGUAUCGCAGUGAGGUGCUCUUUCUCACUGACAGGUGCUUCACUAAGGCCGUUACGAAGCAGUGUACCCUUUACAUUACAUACUGUUCUUGAUAGUGAUCCUGUCGGAAGUCAGAC